AUGACAUUCCAGAAGUACCCCGCUCGCCAGCAUGCCAGAAAGGUGGUAGAAGCUCUGUACAAGGGCGAGAAGGCCGAGGGCACCCAUGCGAUCUUCCUGCAAGCUCCUCCGGUGGAGUGUCGGCACGAUACGGAUCGCGAGCUGGCAUUUCACCAAGAAGCCAACUUCACUUAUCUCACCGGGUAUCCCCACGCGGACGCCUCGGUACUCAUCACGGUCAAGUCCAGCUCGAAUGGCGAGCCAACCCUCGAGCACACGCUCUUCGUCCCUCCAGCACUUCCAGAGGUGACCAUGUGGUCUGUCCGGCCUCCCACCCUGGAUGAAGCCAAAGCCGCCUUUGACUCGGACCACGUCCGCAGCACCGUCGACCUCGGUCAAGCCUUGGCAGAUCUUUCUGCCGGGGGCCCGGUCCAUCUCCACACUCUUCCCCUAACAAAAGAAUACCCAGCCCUACCUCAGUCGGUACUUGAUCUUGUCGGUGGGAACGGACCGAAAUCGACCACACAGCACGACACAGCCCGCUUGCUCGAAGCGCUUCAUAUCGCCCGUCUGACCAAGACCGACUUUGAGAUCGAGCUCAUGCGAGAGGCAAAUUGGAUUUCGUCGGGAGCACACGAGGUGGUCAUGAGGGAGCUGGGGAAGUCUGCUAAGAAGCGCAAGGAGGGACAGGGGAAGGGGAAGGAGCGGACAGGCAAGGAGGGUUUGAAUGAAUGGGAGGUCGAGGGGGAGGCGGACGCUGAGGCUGUCUUUGUCGCGGCGUGCAGAAGACAAGGAUCUACGCCAGCAUACCUACCAAUCUGCGCUUCUGGGUCAAGAGCUAGCACCCUUCAUUAUGUCUGCAACGACCAGAUCUUCCCUCAUCUCGCCGAACCUCGCCAGAACGGUGACCGCUCUUUCCACCGGCACCUCCAGCGCGGAUGCUGCUCUUCCGACAACCAUCAAGCCUACACCGCCAGCACCCCUAUUGGAGCCUACCACGCCGACAGCUUUGAGCCGCAAGUCCUCCUCAUCGAUGCCGGCGGAGAAUGGCAGAACUACGCCAGUGAUAUCACUCGGACAGUCCCCGUUGGGAACGGUGGAAGCUUCACCAAGGAGGCCGGGGAGAUAUACGAGCUGGUCCUGCGGAUGCAAAAGGAAUGCGAAACGAUGCUCCGUCCGGGCGUGCACUGGGACACUAUCCACCUACACAGCCACCGCGUCCUCAUUGACGGCCUCAUCAAGCUAGGCAUAGUCAAGGGCGACCCCGAAGCGAUUCUCCAGUCAGGCAUCACGUGCGCAUUCUACCCUCACGGUCUCGGCCAUUCGCUCGGUUUGGAUGUACACGACUCCCGUCAAUACCUUCGGUCCACCCAGACCAAUCUUCCAACUUCGUCAAAGGAGACACCGGCCAAGCUGUACACUUAUCUCCGGAUACGUCAACCCCUGCUGGAAGGGAUGGUGCUUACAGUUGAGCCGGGCUGCUACUUCCCUCCGCAGUUAAUGGAUGAGCACGGAGUCUGGACGAGCGAGUACGUGGACCAUGAGGUACUGAAGAGGUACAUCCCGGUCGGGGGCGUAAGGAUUGAGGAUGCGGUGCUGGUCAAGAAGGAUGGGAUGAAGAAUCUGACAACGGCACCGAGGGAGAGGAAGGAGGUAGAGGCAAUUUGCAGCGGAGAGGCUUAG